GUGCACGCAAGAUUGUCCGGUCUGAAGUUCGAAAUCAAAUCAUCAAAACAAUUAUAACUCUCACACUCCGUCUGUCGAACUUAACUUCGGUUGAAAACACAAAAAGAGUAUUUUUCAAAGCUCGAGAUGUUCAUCUUCGAGAGGAUGUCAGUCAUAUUUUGUCUGAUUUUGAUGAUCGUUUUCUCAGCCCAGGCAUCCAACAAAAAGCGAAAUACAAACGCAUCCAAACAUUUUAGCCUUAAGUUUGGUGGGAUCCACAUCAAAGGAUCUUUUGAAGUCACCGUAAAUGGAGCUAUCCCUGUUCCUCAGCUUGGUACAAGUAACAAUCCAGCCCCGUCAUGCAAGGCUAUCCUCGAAAAAAACAGUGCAGCCCAAAGCGGUGUCUACUUCAUCCAAACACACCCAACAGUGACCAAGGUGUACUGCUACAUGGAGGAUAUCCCUGGGUGUGGUGGGGGUGGAUGGACAACCAUUAUGAAAACAAACGGCAACAAGAAAACCUUUUUGUACAAAUCUGCUUUUUGGGCGAACAAAAUUCCAUAUCGCGUGACCAAUGGCCAAUCAGGCGUCGAUGAUAAAGAGACAAAACUCCCCACCUACUGGASCCURCCGUUUCGUCGUCUUUGUCUUGGAAUGAAGACCGCUGGCCAGAAGAGCCCGAGAUGGAUUUCCUUGAACUAUAAGGCGAGUUCGUUGUACUCUGUGAUCGCAGACGGUAAAUACCGCAAAGUCUCCAUUGGUCGCAAUGUGUGGAAGUCCCUGAUCGCGGGCUCGUCAUUGCAGAGGAACUGCAACCGAGAGGGCUUCAAUGUUGUUSCUGGCGAWGUSMACCACGAAAGAGUUAGAAUKGGRAUAUYAKCGAAUAAUGAAAACRYRUGUKRCARCAACGAUUCRCGUAUCGGAUUCGGGGGGGAUGGCAUAMAAUGCGGUCGUGGUAGACUAUCUACCGGUAACUGYGCACGCSWUKSAGGUGACAACGGRGACAARACUACUCCAGCWCAUGGUUAUAUCUUAGCUCAAUGA